AUCCCGUGGUUCGGCCAAGUAACACUUUCCUACUUCCACGUUGUGGCGUCCCAAUGGACGAGGGUUGCACUCAACCCCUUUCAAGUGAUCCAAUGAUCAACUUGAAUACCACGGUGUUUUCCUUAGAGUAUUUUCCCGCUUGCGAGGAAUCUCCACAACUUGGAGUCUCUCGCCCUUACAACAAGAAUCACAAUAAAGGCACAGAGUAAGGUUGGGAGAAGCAAAACACGCAAGACUCAAAUACGCAGCACACCCACGCACACAAGUGAAGACUCGAGCUCAAAUGACAACACAGGGAGUUCGCGACUCGAAUGGAGCUCAAAUCUCUAACACAACAAAGCGAAUGCGCGGGAGUAGAGUUUGGAUGCCUUAGAAUACUUAGUGAAUGCUUGGAUUCCUCCUCCAUGCGCCUAGGGGUCCCUUUUAUAGCCCCAAGGCAGCUAGGAGCCUUUGAAGACCAACAAGGAAGGCUAUCCUUGCCUUCUGUCGAGUGGCGCACCGGACAGUCCGGUGCGCGAUCUCCUUCCAAAAAUGGCAUAUUCGACCGUUGCUCCUCUGACCAUUGGAGCAGUCCACAUGUCGCGCGAAGAUUGCGCGGCCGACCGUUGGUGCAGGCAACUGUUGGCUCAUCGGACAGUCCGGUGAAUUAUAGCCACGUCGCCCCUUUGCUUUUUCCGAGGGCAACGAGUUCACCACGGAUGACUCAUCGGACAGUCCGGUGAAUUAUAGUCGUACGCCGCCGUCGAAUCCCGAGAGCGGCAUUUUCACCGGAGACCAGCCUGGCGCACCGGACAGUCCGGUGUGCCAGGCCGAGCUGGACUUCGGCUGCACACAGCCAAGUCUUUUGCAAUUCGUUUCUUUUCUUCUCUACUCUGUUUCUAACACUUAGAUAAAUACAUUAGUAUACAAAAACCAAUUACUAAGUCUAGAAACAUAUCUUGUUAUAUAAUUUGCACUUUUUGCUUGUUUGUCACAUAGCAGCUCAUUUACUAUGUGUUAGCCAUUUAAUCACCAAAACAUUAUAGAAAUGGCCCAAAGGCACAUUUCCCUUUCAGAUCCGACGACCCUGGGUCAUCACCCACCAGGAUACCGACCCAGCCCACACGGCGGACCCAGCCCAUACACCGGAGUACUGCAUGCCACAAAUCACAUGCCUAUAACCCAAUUCGAGCGCUGCUACUUGAUGCAGGGGACAAGGCAAAGCUAGAAGAGGAUUUUCUUACCACGAAUUAUGGCGCAGAGACAACCGCCCAUGGUGCAGCGCGACCCAGAUGCAAGAAUCGGACGUCGGCGACCAAUCGAGGGUUCCCCCGAUCCUAGCUCCGCCCACCAAAGCUCCGUGCAGGUUCACGACAACCAGGCAGAGCCCCUCAACCAACAAUGCCCCCCCCCCCCAUUUUACGCACACGCGGAUUUCUCUCAAUCCCAGCUCCGACGGAAGACUC